AUGUCUGACGAUCAUUCAAUCCAUUCUCAUACACAGGGACUCCACCACAUCAAAAAGAAACGGGUCGGGAAAGCGUGCGAUUCGUGCCGGAUCAAAAAAACCAAGUGUGACGGUAAAAAACCUUGCAACAGAUGUACAUUAGACAACAAGAUUUGUGUAUUCACGGAAAAGAAGAAAACCAAAGAGAAGAAACAUCCAUCUGGUUAUGUUGAGCUUUUAGAAGCAAGAUUAGAUAUAUUAACUAGACUGUUGGAAAAACUAAUUGAAUUAUCACGACCACAUUUACAAUUUAUUGACGAUAUAAUUACCGAAGAAAAACUGGUCAAUCAAGAAAAAUCUUCUCCUGCUUCAUCAACACCAAAUUCAUCUUCUAGUGACCACCAUGACGAUGUUGAAGAACAGAAUUCUACUGGUGUGGUUGCUCCUAUAAACAAAGUAGUCUCAUAUCUAAUUAAAGAACAAGGUCUAUUGAAAAAUAUACCCCUUGAAUGGGAACAAGGAACUGAGAUUGCUGCUAAUUUCGACCCCAAUAGAAAUUUAAAACUGUCGUCAAGAUUAUUUGCUGAACAUAAAGGUGAAGCAUUUAUUGGGUCACCAGUAACGUCUCCUCAACAAAUGCCAACUAGUAACCCUUUUAGAAGAACCUCAAUGUUUAAAGAAGAAUUGGAAUCACCUUCUAGUGAUCAUUACAAUGAACUGAUAUUUUCCCAAUCAGUCGAUGAACCUUAUAUCAAGAAGGAGCCCAACUCGGUUCAGUUUUCAAAAGGGACAUUUUCUCCACAACAACAACAACUACAGCAACAGCAGCAAAUGUUAAAUCAGUUUUCCCUCAAUACUUUCCGUGAUAUAUCAGACAUCGAAAGUGAUUCAUCAAACAAGGAAGAUGGAUUGAAUUCUGGUUCGGUAUCUCCACCAACAUCCAACUAUAGGUCAUUUUCAUUGUUCUCUGAUAGUAAUGGUGAACCAAUAUUGGGCAAAACCUCAUCAUUGACGUCAUUAACUAACAAGUAUGAAAAUCAUUCACUUUCUUCACCACAAACCGCCAUAAACCCAGUAUUCAAUAAUUCAACCACUGGUCCAAUCCUUACCACAUUGAGACGCAAUUCAUCUUCACAUUCUCAAAAGACCCUUGGAUCUAUACAACUUCAACAAAAACCUAGAGGAAGUGUUCAUAAACCAGUGCGUAAUCAUUCUAGAGUUUCGUCAUUUGAUAAACGAAUGGAGUCUACAGCUACAGCUGCGGCUACUGUCGCUGCUGUUUCCGGUUCAGUCCAACUACUGCAAAAUACAACUCCACAGAAUCUUCCUCAUUUGGAUAAUAGUCAAAACAAUAAUUAUUUAAGAGACAAUGGUAUGAAUAAUAUUGGUGCUGGCAGUGUUGGUGGUGGUUUGACUUUUGGUGCACCCAGUUUUACACAACCAUUAAGUCCAUCUGAUGAUGCUAUUGUUUAUCCUACAAAUCAAUUUACUAAUAGACCAGCUACGGUGUCCACUUUUGGUGGUGGGUUAGAUGUGUUGGUGGAUAAUUCAUUGGAUCCUUUCUUCAAUAUUUAA